GGCUCACCACUCACUAUCCAGGAAACGGUAGCGAUAUUUACAGCCGUAGAGGCACAACAGUUCCUGGCCCAGCUUUUAGUACCAAAUUUCGAAGGCCGGGGGAGGUACAAAAGGCCUUGCGAAAGGACUACAACCAACAUCCCCACCUAUCAUCACUACUAUGAAGCUUUUGUACGCUGCCUCUUCUCUCUCCAUCGCCUCGGGCGCCCUUGCGCGUACCCUCACGGUCUACAACGCUUGCCCAUUCACCGUUUGGCCUGCUAUGUUCACCGCUGGUGCCCCCUACCCGUCUUACACCACUGGGUGGCAGGCCGAUGCGUACACCUCCGUCAGCUUUGCGGUCCCUGACAACUGGACUGCUGGUCGUAUCUGGGGUCGUCGUGACUGUGACUUCAGCACCAACCCCGGCCCCAACUCUUGCGUUGACGGUGGCUGCAAUGGAGGCUUGGUUUGCGACCAAAGCACCGGCACUGGUGUUCCUCCUGCCACCCUCGCCGAGUUCACUUUGGGCUCCAACGGUUUAGACUACUACGACGUCUCUCUCGUUGAUGGUUACAACUUGCCCGUUGCUAUCACCAACACCGCUGGCUGCAGCCUCGCUGACUGCCCUGUUGACCUCGGACCAAACUGUCCUGCCGCUAUCCAGGGUCCUUACGACUCUACUGGCUUCGCUGUCGGUUGCAAGUCUGCUUGCGAGGCCAACAUUGACGGUAACCCCUCCGACUCUGCCAACUGCUGCAGUGGCUCGCACAACACCCCCGCUACCUGCCCCAACUCGGGUGUCGCGUACUACAGUUACUUCAAGGACAACUGCCCCAACUCGUACUGCUACGCCUACGACGAGUCCUCCGGCACCGCCCUCUGGACUUGCCCUGCUAGCAGCAACGCUGACUACACUGUCACUUUCUGCCCUCCCCCCACUUAAAUCCGUUCGUAGCCUUCGCAUGAAAGCGAACCUAACAAGGCACUGGUAUAUAGUGUGAAAUCUGGGAUAAAAUUGUGUUUUAUACAUUUAUUCUUUAUCUUGUGGUUAUUUGAUGGUCUUUUGUGUGUGUUAUGAAAACCCUGAAAUUCAUAAAUUUGAUUCUUUCGAA